AUGCCCAAGCUUCUAUUCCACGACGUCUUGGCGCUGGCACCGUUGGCGACGUCCCCGAACCAUACAACGUCCACCGGUAGCGCAGUCAAACGAUACAUGAGUCUAUACCCAGCCUGGAUACCCGGCUCAGAACUCGUGGGUGGACAAAGCCGAGGAUCCAAGGCCGACCCUCGACCUGCCUACGGCGGGCACGUCUACUGCCAGGCGGCUCUGGCAGCAAGCCGCGCUGUCAAGGAAGAGGAGCCUACGGAAUCAAGAGGGGAUUUCGGGCUUCAUACCAUUCAAGGUGUUUUUUCUGCUGCCACCAGGUCAGACAGGCCUUUGGUAUACGAGGUCUCUGCUCUUUCAACCAGCCGAACUUUCUGCUCCAAGCUGGUAACUGCGCGGCAGCCACAAGCAAUGAGCAGCAGAAAAGAGCACGAUGACAAUUUUCUGCUACAGGAUGCAGAAGAUGAAUUGGGCAAUGUGUGCUUCACCUGCAUAUGCACUUUCAAGCGACCAGAAGAAGGACGAAUCGACUCGCAAGAAGAACCUCCGCAAAAACGCUUUGCCGAUAUCCUUGCGACCAAAUCUCCAAGGGACUGGCCUCAUGCGCCGGCGGUAGACGUGGAAGAGAUCAAGACCAUGUUUCCAGCUGUCGGCGAGACAACGUUUCCCGUUGUUGACAUGCACAAGGUCGAUUUGACAGCGUACAAUGAGGGCAAGCCCUCAACACAGAGGAAGGAGCUCAUUCUCUACCGGCUCAAGGGCCCGCUCACAGCCAAGGACCCGAACUCGCAUAUCGCUGUUCAUGCAUUUGAGUCGGACCGCAACGGGCUUUUGAUGAUAGGGAAUCACAAUGGCCUUGGGUGGAACCUCGGAACAGCAGUCAGCCUGACAUACAAAUUUGUUGUCCACGUCAACGCCGACCAGGCCGUGAUGAAGGAUCCUUCGGGGCCGGAUGACGGCUGGUGGAUUCAGGAGGCAUCCUUCCCUCGCGUCGGCCAGGGACGAGGAGCGUUGAUGUGUAAGAUAUGGAGUCCCGAGGGGAUCCAUGUUGCGACUGGAUAUCAAGAUGGUAUUGUCAGGGAAAGAAGGGCAGAGGGACUCAAAAUCAUUGAAAAGCUGUAA